AUGGAGCACUCACAAUCGCCAUCCACACCUUCGAGACAUUUGCGUAAGCGUGGUGGUAAACAGUCUCAACCACAGUCCAGACUAGCUCACAAAGCAAAUUGGGACUCCGACACGGUGCGCAUGUUCUUGCAACUUGUUAUCAAAGAGUCGGACUCAGGUUUUAAGGGUAGCUUCCAUACAAUGACAAUGCACAGAUACAGGGCUAUCGCCAAGGCCUUCGAGGAGCGUACACAUAAGGUCCAUGAGGUGAAGCAACUGCAAAACAAGUACGCGUCACUGAAAAAGGAUUGGCAGUCGUGGUCACGUCUGAUGGACAGCAGGCAUGGGCCAACCGACAUAAGUUACAAUGAAGCAACUGGUUUGAUACAAGCAUCCGACGACUGGUGGGCCCAUUAUGAAAAAGUAACAAUUUCAUAUUCUUCUUUGCAACAUCCAACGUGA